GCACAACAAUAUAGAAUGAUGACUCAUGGAGUUCUAGAACAAUAAAUAUGGAGAUGUGAAUGUGGUCCAAGGUAUAAAAGGGACAGGAGGUUGAUGGUCCAGCAUUCCAUCUGAAAUUGGAUAAGAGAUUGGAUCACCAUCACCAUGACCAUGGGCAAGAUCAUCUUCUACGAGGACAAGAACUUCCAGGGUCGUUCCUAUGAGACCAGCAACGACUGCGCUGAGGUCACCUCCUACCUGAGCAGGUGCAACUCCUGCAGGGUGGAGAGCGGCUGCUUCAUGGUCUAUGAGCGCCCCAACUUCAUGGGUCACCAGAUGAUGGUUAGGAGAGGAGAGUACCCCGACAACCAGCGCCUGAUGGGUAUGACCAUGAGCGACUGCAUCAGGUCCUGUCGUAACAUCCCCAGUUAUAGGGGCCAGUUCAGAAUGAGGAUGUAUGAGAAGGAGAACUUCGGAGGCCAGAUGCACGAGCUGAUGGACGACUGUGACUCCAUCCAGGAGCGUUACCGCAUGUCCGACUGCCAGUCCUGCAACGUGAUGGAGGGCCACUGGCUCAUGUACGAGCAGCCCAACUACAGAGGCAGGCAGAUGUACGUGAGGCCUGGAGAGUACAGGAACCUCAGAGAGAUGGGAAACAGCUCCAUGAAUAGAUUCAUGUCGAUUAGACGUAUCACUGAUUCCUGUUAAAAUCACAACUUUUUAGUUUAACUUAAUAAAGUUUUAGAUUUGUAAUUAUU